AUAUCAAGCCACGUGGCAGCCACGUGAACUCGUCUUCAACCUUAGAACCGACUUUUUCCAUUUUCUUAUACCCUAAGCUAAAACGUACAUAAAUCUUGAAACCCCAUCUACACAUCUUCACAAAGUUCUUUCCUUUUUGUGUGUAAAUCCAAACUGGGUAAUCAAGAAUCCAAAAAAAAAACUAUGGCUUCUCAAAAUCCAUCUCCUCCCAAAUUAUACCCAGAAGUUAUUGAUUCAAACCCAGAAUCAUCUUCUCCAUUUAUUACAAAUACCCAAAAGAACAAAUCAUCUUCUUCUAUGUACCCAACUAUUGAUAUGAAAGAUCUAGCAGAGAAUCUAUUCCCAGAAACUGAAAACAGUCAGCCUAAUCAAAAUUCCAACUUUGUAUCACUGGAAGAAGUGAUUGUCCAAAUCCCAGGUGCGAUUGUCCAUCUGAUCGACAAAGAACGUAGCAUCGAACUCGCUAGUGGUGAAUUCGAGAUUGUUCAACUAAAACAGGGCGACAACGUUGUUGCUGUUCUUGCACGUGUCGGAGAUCAGAUUCAAUGGCCUUUAGCGAGAGAUGAAGCUGCUGUUAAGCUUGAUGAAUCUCACUAUUUCUUCACUCUUCGUGUACCUUCUGAAGCAAAUGAUGAAGAUGGAUACGCAGAGAAUUUACUCAACUAUGGUUUGACAAUAGCUUCGAAAGGGCAAGAAAGACUGUUAAAGGAGUUAGAUUUAGUAUUGGAGAAGUACAGUGCGUUUAGAGUGGAGAAAGUGAAGAAGGAUAAAGGGGUUGCAGAAAAAUGGUGGAUGGCGCCAAAAGAUGUUUCACCAGAAGAGAUGGAGAAGAAAAAGGAGGAUGUGGAGAGGAGUUCUGCGGCAUACUGGACAACUUUGGCUCCGAAUGUUGAGGAUUAUAGUAGCAGUAUUGCAAGAAUGAUUGCAGCCGGGUCGGGUCAGUUGAUAAAGGGGAUAUUGUGGUGUGGGGAUAUUACUGUGGAUAGAUUGAAGUGGGGGAAUGAUGUGUUGAUGAAGAGGAUGGGAAAAGGAAGUAACUCUGAGAUUAGCCCUGAGGCUAUGAGAAGGAUGAGAAGGGUGAAGAAGAUGACAAAAAUGUCAGAGAAAGUGGCAACUGGUAUACUCUCAGGAGUAGUGAAGGUCUCUGGAUUCUUCACAAGUUCUAUUGCAAACUCAAAAGCUGGUCAGAGAUUCUUUAGCCUUCUUCCGGGAGAAAUUGUUCUUGCUUCCUUGGAUGGAUUCAAUAAGGUUUGUGAUGCCGUUGAAGUGGCCGGAAAGAAUGUGAUGUCAACGACCUCAGUAGUGACAACUGGUCUUGUUCAACAGAGGCAUGGUGACCAGGCGGCACAGAUGACACGUGAAGGAUUCGAUGCUGCAGGGCAUGCUUUAGGGACUGCAUGGGCAGUGUUUAAGAUAAGAAAAGCUCUGAAUCCAAAGGGUGCUAUCAAGCCUACUACAGUUGCAAAAGCUGCUGCUCAAGCUAACCUUGCUAAACUGAAGAGCAAGCAGAAGUAGAUCCGGAUGUUCCACUUGCCAUCAUCUCUUAACUUCCAUUGAUCACUUAGUUUUAUUUAUUGCUUAAUUAGAGAGUUUGUCUUUGCUUUGACAGAAUGUAUGUCAAACUUUGAAUUUACAGGAAUCAUAGUGUAUGUAUUGGCUUUAUUACUCUAGUGUGGUUGCUUGAAAAUUAGAAAUGGAAAAAGUAGUAGUAA